AUGGUGCUUCCAGAAAGGAGAAGCCAAAGUCAGCAACUUGAAUUGCUAUUCAACUUUUAUAUAUACCCCUUCAGUCCUAAACUCUAUAAUCAAAUUAUUCAAAUUGGACAUCUUCAUACUUCCCCAAGUAAGCUUCGAUGGAUCAUUGAUGAUUACUUACACAAGUGGUUUUUCAGCUUUCUCAGGAAGAACAAGACUCGGAGGAAGAAUAAGGACCGCCAUGUUGAUAGGAUUCCAUGUGUCAUCUAA